CCUGCAUUUGGAUGGUUUAGACAGACCGGUAACUUAUCUAUAUUUUUGACGUUACGCGAGGACAACCAGCAUCAUGCUAAGGCUGAUUAUUUCAGUUUCGUUGUUGCUGUCAUCGUGUGCGGCUAACACGAAAUUUGUCGUAACUGCACCUAAUAUAUUCCGUUCCAACGUCGAAGAAAUUGUGUUGGUAUCGGUGUUUGGUACAGGUGAUAACAUACCAAUGAAGGUUAAACUUACUACCAGCGAAGGUUCAGAAUUGGCCUCUAAAGACGUUGUCGUUCAAGCUGGUCAACCACAACGUGUGAGUUUUAUUGUAGAUGCAGCUGAUCUUCCAGCUGAUGAAGAAAUUCCGACAGUAAACCUGCGUGCAUUUUCGACUAAUGCUGCACAUCCAUUUGACAGGAAUGUUGAUGUGUUAGUAACUACUAAAAAUCAGGUUGUUUUUAUUCAGACAGACAAACCUAUUUACACUCCAAAUCAGGAAGUAAAAAUUCGAGUGAUUUCUUUGAAUGAGGAACUCAAACCAACUGAGAGGAAAGUUCGCUUAGACGUUAUCACACCUAAAGGAGCAAUCAUUGACCGACGAGAGGACCUCACCACAGAUACAGGAUAUAUUACUGAGAUUUUCCCAUUUUCUUCAUACCCCACAUUCGGCAUUUGGUCUGUUGUUGUAUACUAUGGUUUAAACUAUAACUGGAACAGCACUGUCCAAUUCGAACUCAGAGAAUAUGUUUUACCAACGUUUGAGGUAACCAUUGAUGCACCAAAUCAAAUACUGCCUUCAGACAACUUAAUUACUGCAGUAGUUAAGGCAAGAUAUGUGUACAAAAAAAAUGUGAAAGGCACAGCACAAGUAAGAAUGAGUGUUGUAAAAAAUGGUGAAACAAUAGGUGAAUUUCCAGCACAAGCGGAAGAACUUAAUCUAGAAGGAAAAGCUACUUUUACGGUGCGACCCGAUGAAACAAUUGAUGGGAAUUGGUUUAGUAAAUUUAAAGGCGCAAGACUAAGAAUAGAAGCCGUGGUUACAGAAAGAGCAACCGGAGAUCGAGAAAACAUGACUGUUACUAGCACCAAAUUUGUCGAGCAAGUGUAUACAUUCAAGAGAGAUCGAACAGUCAGCCACUUUAAGAAAGGAACUACAUUCGAUAUCAAGAUUGACGUAUUUCAUUCCGAUGGAACUCCUGGUAAUAAUGUUUUAACCAAAGUAGAUGCAUAUGGCAUCAAUGAUCAAGGAGUAAGAAGGAAACUAACGGGUGCACAAGACUUUUCUCUUGAGAGAAGUAGUAAUGAAUAUGGCCAAGUGGACUUUAGAGUAGACGUAAAUCAAGAUACAAAAUCCAUCGAAGUGACAAUUGAAACAUUGGAUGCUGCGUUUCCGAAAGAGGCAAAUGGCCACUACGAGUUCACUAUUUCAGCAAUUGAAAGUCCAAGUGGUGCAUACUUGCAAAUACGAGUUCCUCAUGGAGAAAUUCCGGUUAGACAAAAUUUUGAAGUGGAAAUAGUGAAGUCAGGAUUAGCAGAAUUGACUGGUCUUAACUACGUAGUUGUAGUAAGAGGGAAAAUAGUUCAGGAAAUGUCAGAAAUAGAUUCUAAGCUUGGAACUCUAAGGACAAUCCGAAUUCAUAUAACAAGUGACAUGGUUCCCAGUGCAAGGCUAAUCGUAUAUUCAUUUGCAAAUGACAAUAAUGUAAUUGUUGCCGACUCAAUUUUGUUGGAUAUCGUUAAACAAUGUGAAUCCCAGCUAAUUGUCAAUCCGGAUGAUUCAGAUAAAAGUCCAGGAGAGAAUGUAGAAUUUACAAUCGUUGCCGAACCUCGGAGUCGAGUAGCAUUGCUAGCCGUUGAUGAAGCCGUCUAUUUUCUUAAAGAUUUCCACCGACUGACAAGAAAGAAGAUGUUUCAACGAAUGGAAAGUCUUGACCUUGGCUGUGGACCUGGAGGCGGGGAAAAUAGUCGGGAAGUAUUCGAAAUGGCGGGUAUGGUUGCCAUGACAAAUGCAAACUUUGACAGAACCAAUAGCCGGGAAGGUUACGGAUGUCCAAUGUUAUCGGAAAGACGACGUAAACGUGCAUUAAACGGUAACCAACAAACUUGCUUUGAUGAAUUUAAAUCCAAUACUACAUUGUGUUCAGCUUGUGAAGAUGGUUUUCUUAACAUCCCCGGAAAGACGUGCGAGCAGCGGAUUAAGAAAUUUGCUAAAAGAAAAAGGAUUGUUAUUCCUGAUGAAAUUGGCAGUCCUCCAGUACUAACAAAUCUGGAUCCAGUAAUUGUGGUUUUUUACAAUUGCUGUCUUGUAAAACAAGCCGAACGUGAUUUUAUAAUUGGUCGAAGUGCGGGUAACGAUGUCGAUAUUGAAGAGGAUGAGAAUUUGGUAAAUGUUCGAAGUAAUUUCCCAGAAACCUGGAUUUUUGACGAGUACACUAUUAUUAAUAGAGAAAAAAAAGUAGUAUACUCUGUGCCUGAUAGUAUUACCAAUUGGAUUGUGCAAGCUUCAUCUGUUUCAAGUACAAUGGGAAUGUGUGUGGCCGAUACAGGAAACAUAAGGGUUACUAAAGAUGUGUUUUUACAGCUUAAGAUGCCAUAUUCGAUUAUCAGAGGCGAACAGACACAAGUUCAAGCGACACUUUUUAAUUACGGAGGUAGAGAAACAACAGCACAUGUGUACAUGUAUGGACGAGAAGGUGUGUGUUCUGAAAGUCUUCCAGGAAAAAGGAGUGAGAAACAUGAACUAACUGUACCACAAAAUGACGCCAAAACCACAACAUUCAAUAUCAUACCCCUAGAUGUUGGAACUUACGAAAUAGAAAUCAAAGCUUUUUCAAGUAUUUCAAAUGACGGCAUUAAGAAAAAUAUUUUAGUUGUGGCUGAAGGUGUUGAGAGGUAUCAUUCUACAAAUAUUCUUAUUGACCCAACUGGUGCACGUGAUAGUGCUGCUGAAGAUGGUGAUGCCCAAGAGGAUGAUGUUCCAUUAGAUAAUGAAUUUCCAUUCAAACCAGAAACUUCAUCCGAACAAGUAAUGCUGUUGUCAAACUACGAGUUUGUUUUGCACCAUCAUAAAGCCAAGAAUAUACUGAAGAUGGCUGAAGGUGUUGAGAGGUAUCAUUCUACAAAUAUUCUUAUUGACCCAACUGGUGCACGUGAUAGUGCUGCUGAAGAUGGUGAUGCCCAAGAGGAUGAUGUUCCAUUAGAUAAUGAAUUUCCAUUCAAACCAGAAACUUUCAAAGAUCGUGCUAAUAAACUUCAGACGGACACUAUCGAUAUACGAGUCUCCGACUUGAAUGCCAUUGCAGGAACGGAGCAAUGCUAUGUCACGUUUUUUGGUGAUAUAAUGACCCCAACCGUCAGUUCAGUGAUCAAUGGUUUAAAUCCUGGGUCAUUGAUUGGAAAACCAAUGGGAUGUGGUGAACAGACUAUGAUGUAUAUGUCAGCCAACGUUUACACAAUGCUUUAUCUAAGCAAAACUAAUCAAAUCACAAAUGAUAUUGAGGUGAACGGUUUUGAAAACGUCAAAAGAAGCUAUGAGAGAAUGAUAACAUUCCAAAGGGGUGACGGUGCGUUUGCAGCUUGGACUUCCAGACCAGGAAGUACUUGGUUGACAGCUUAUACUAUUAAAGUUUUCUACAACGUUUUGGAAUUGGGAAAGUAUGUUGACAAAGACAAAUUAUGCGCUGCAUUUAGAUAUCUUCAGACCCGGUACAGAGAUACCGAUGUUGGUCAAGGUUUAUUCUUUGAAGGAAAUGCAGUUGUCCACAGAGAUAUGACGGGUGGAAUCAGCGGUGAUAUGAUGAUGACAGCAUUUGUAGUGAUAACUUUAAAAGAAUACAACCCAACAAAUCUGCGGCAAGCAGCACGAAAAGAUUGUGGAGUUGAUUAUACUGACAAAAUAACGAAAGCUAUUGCCUACCUCGAAGCAAAUAUAGAUAACUUGAAGACACCUUACCACUUGUCAGUCGUAGCAUACGCUUUGCAUGUUGCUGGAAGUGCAUCGAAAGAUGAUAUAUGGAUGAAACUUAAAAAUAAAGCAUCAUUCGAUGCUAAUAAAGGGCUACGUCAUUGGAAGAUGAAUUCAAAGGCACUAACAGUAGAGGCGACCAGCUAUGCUUUGUUGACAGCAGUUUACAGAAAUGAGAUCGUUUACGCCAAUGGAAUAGUAAAUUGGUUGACGGAGCAUCGUGAUUUCAAGCGUGGAUUCAGCACUACGUCCGACACAGCAAUUGCAUUCGAAUCCAUUGCAACAUAUUCAAGUGAAAUCGAUACAUCAUCUGUUGACAUGAGAUGCAAAUUAUCGUCAACGUCAUCAAAAGAUUAUGAGCAGAUUGUUGAUAUUAAUGAUGCUACUUCGACAUUGUCGCAGAGAAAAACGCUAAAAUGGAAACAGAGUAUUUACUCAGAACGUUUCGAUCCCUAUCAGAGAUCUUUAUCAACUGACAGAUAG